AUGGAGAACUUCGCAAAUCGCAACGCCUGGUCGCUUGCCUAUCACAUUGUUGCUACACACGACCACCAACUGCAGUCAUCCGUUUCGGCGGCCAACGUACAGCAUCAUCCGGAGAACAUACCUAUCCAUCAGUCUUGGCCCAAGGAUCAAUCGCAGUCACCACCAGCGGUGGUAUUGGAAGACGAAGGAGUUACGCUCGCUAGAGCGAUGCGUUACAACAAACCGGCCUUGGGGCUCGCAAUCGCAGCUCUCCCAUUUGCCGUGCUUUCAGAGCUUGUCACAGUCACGGAAUAUCCAAGCUCAUGCAGUGCCAUCUAUACUAGCGGAUCUGGCUCUUCUGCAGUAAUCUCCACUGUCACAGUCUCGCCGACACCAUUUUCGGAUGCUGCAAUCAACAAUGGCGCCGCAUUCGCUGUCGAGAUUCAGCCAAUGGGACAAUCUGCAAAGAAGAGACAAGCGGAGAGCAGAACAUAUCUAAAUGCAGGAGGAUAUACGACCACCGACCCGAGCGAGGCAGUGCAGUACAGCAUUAAUGAUGGUGUUCUUUCAGCUACCACCGGAGGAUCUGUCACUGCUGAUCAAAAUGACACGAGCGUUCCAUUCGCCAUCUCAACGACUUUAAAGUCUAUCCGCACGCGGUUCUUCUCGCAAAACUUGACGCUGAAUUGGAAUAAUACUGCUUUUGAGGGUGGAUCUGCAGAGUUUUACAUGACGCCGGCUUUCAAUGCAAGCCAGCAAGUAUUCGCUUACCUCAAAGGGCGGCUCAUUGGUGUGGUCUUCAAGUACCGCUACUUCCAGCGGCGAUGCUGUCGUUUCAAGCAGUAUGGUCAUGUCGUCUGCAGCUUCAAGCUCUGUCGCUCUCUCAACGGCGGUCUCUUCAACGCUGGUUCUGUCUACCAGCAAUGGCGUGACCUGGACAAGCACUCCAUCUCCAGCUUCAAGCGCACAACCCUCUGCCAACACUCUCUCAACCAUUUCAGAUGCCGCCACCCCAAUUGGUCCAGACGGUCCCGGGACCCUCACGCCAUCGUCAACUCCGUCCUCAGCAUUGAGCGAGACAGCGUCUUUCUCCUUCAUCGAAUCCUUGCCGUUUCCAUCAGAAUCCUCGUCUAUCUGGGCUUCGUCAGCAAGCAUGCUGCUUCGAGCGCGUCUAGUGCUGCCACUAGCGCAUCGAGCGUCGCUUCGAGCAUUUCAUCGGCCGCUUCAAGCGCCAGCUCAGCCGCUGCGACAAACACUGAAUCAGCUUCCUGCCCAGCAUCCGACGGCACUAUUCGCACCUACGACGGCGAGCAGUAUACCAUCGGCUGCGGCUCUGAUACCACCGGUGAUGACGUUGGUAGCUUCUACUCCACCUCCUCCAGCUAUGAAGAGUGCUUCGCAGUUUGUGCGAGCUACAGUGAUUGCCAGGGUUUCACUUGGUAUGGAGAAAACGGAGCACAGUUCGGCAUUGGCUCUGGAGAAUGUUACUUCAAGGGCAUGGAUGUUGAUGGUGAACCAGUUCAAUUUGAAGGAUCUGGUGCCGAUCCAUCUCUCGUUGCUGCAAUCAAGGUCAUCCAGGAGGAGCCAGCCACAACCAGUGCUAUGAUCAGCCCAACUCCGGCUUCUAGCAGCAGUGUUGCCAUAUCCUCUCCUGCCGAAGCUUCCUCGACUAUGAUGGCAUCAUCCUCAAGCUCAACAACCUCGCCUUUUAUCUUCUCCGAGUCCUCUGUGCCGGCGUCGACGAGUUCUUCAGCACCAUACACGAGUCCACCACCAGUCAGCCUUCCAUCACCAAUUUCCGUUUCCACGCCAUCAUCCUCUUCUACUGCUGCUAUCACCAGCAGUAUCAGCUCCACCUCCCAACCCACCUCAACACCCGCCUCCUCAUCCACCUCCACAUCCCCAAGCUCCAGCUCAUCAAACUACCUCGUCCUCCCCUCCCCAACAGCCUGCAACUUCGGCGACCCCGCCGACUGGCCCGAAGACGACUCCUACUGCCUCAUCCCCCUCCCCACCCCCAUGGUAAUCUACGGAAACUCCGACACCCAAACCUUCGCGGGCACAAACGGCUACAUAUCCCUCGGGCAAGGCUCGCAAGCCUACGAAGCCGAACGUCUCCCUUCAAUCCACGUCCCACCCGCCACCAUCGCCCCUUUCUUCGACGACCUCGCCAUCUUCGGCGGCCAGACUCCAAUGCAAGGGAUUUUCUACCAAUUAUUCGACGAUGGGGUGACGUACGAGUACUAUUUAUUCCGAUCGGGCGUCGCGGGCGAAUUGUAUCAUUUUACCGUUGAGUAUAAGUAUGCGAAACCUGGGGUUUUUGUUUACUCGUAUUUGAGCGUGGGGAAUGGGAAUAAUGGGCAGUUUGCGAGUGUGGGUAUGCAAGGGAAUGAAGGCAGUUCCAGCGGUCCUCUCAUCGGUUUCCAGUAUUCCUAUACUUUGAAUGUUCAGACCUAUGGUCCAGAUGUGCAACGAUUCCAUUUGUCUCUUGACCAAAGGAGGGUAAGGACUUCAGUGGCUCCACUUCUACUCCGCAAACCUCAGAAGACUGUUCUCUGCCCGCCAACGGUUAUUCCAGUACUGAAUGAUCUCAUGUUUGGCAGUAGGAAUGUCGUGGUUUCCGGGAUUCGACGGCUCCUGCACCGUGGGCUUCUGACUCUCCAGAAUGGCUUGAACGAGAUCGGAAGUGCCGUUGCCCUUAUCAAAGCGGACGAGGGUUUCAGCAAUACGACGCAGAGACCGCAAGUCCUCGCUCUGGUAGACCUUUUUGGGUGGCAGGAAGUGCGGACGGCGAAUGAAGGCAAAGCGAUAAACGUGGGACGAGGAGACGGAACGUUCGACUCAAUGAGCGCUGUCGAUGCGGAUGCUAUGGAAGUCGCCUCAAUGGCCGAGUUUGAGUCACCGCACGUCUUCCCUCCAGGUGCAGUA